AUGGCUGCGGACCUUCCACGGAACGAAUGUUUGGUCAAAGCUUUGGACCUCUGGGAGAGCCAAGUAGAGGACUUGCACCUGGACUUUUUGCCUCCAGGGCCUACAGGCGUCGUCGUUGCCACGAUCAUGGUGGCAAUUGGCCUUUGCUUCGUUGUGGGCGUCGGCACCUGGACGUACGCCGUUCGCACCCGCACGGAGAAGUUGCCUGUGCAUGUGGCCUACUUGAUUGGGCCCUACAAGUCGGACUGUGCGGCCUGGGAGGUCGAACGGCUGGUGCGGAAGAUGCUCCUUGCGCUCGUCACUGCAGUGUUACCCAUCUCCCUCUCACCAGCUAUUCAGAUGACCGGAGUGUUGCUGAUCUUACUAGCUUCCUUGGCUCUCUACUGCGAGUUCAGGCCGUACGAGGACGAUUCCCGGAACAGAUUGGAGGCGGCUCUCCUCUUCGUGGGUUUGGCAAUGACGAGUAUGACCACAUGCCUGGUUGCCAAUGAUUUGCACUGGGCCAGCUCGGCUGUGACUCAGGAAACCUUGAUUUUCAUAAUUUGCUUCCUGGCAGCCGGGGUGACGCUAACGAUGAUGGCGUUCAUCGCACGUGCCUUUUACACCGAGCGCUACGGAGCUGCCUGA